UUAUUUAUUUUUUUUAAAUGAAUCAUAAUGCAUUGUCCUAGCUAUUGCUUCAUAUUAAGAAAUGCACAGACUACAUAUUAGCCACAACGAGCCAUCUUUUCCCCUUAUGGUAGGGAGGAAGAUCUUCCCUACCAUCAACGGGGAACAUCUUCUGGGCCGGAGUGAUACAAUGGAUGGACCAUACUCUGGGAUUAUUGUUUGGAUUGCAGACCUGCCCCUUUCAGCACUGCCAGUGUAUUCCUUUCUGGGGAUCUCUAGUUGUAUCUUGUUGGAUUUCUGGUGACAUCAGAGUUUCAUAGUGAAGAAGCUGUGACCAUGGACAUGGAUCGGAUGGUUCUACAGAUUGAGAAAAUUUUUUUCAUGACAAACAAUUUCUAUACUUGCUUCAUAAGGAACCACUAAAAGCCUUGUAGCAAAACCAGUUUUAUGUUUUCUGUUAAUGGAUCCACGCCAGUAUAAUAAUUGUAAGGUUUUGGUGGCUGUUCUGGGAAGCUGGAGGCGAAAAUUCUGGCAGUACAGAUUAUAGUUAAAAGAUUGCAGAACCCACAGCGAAGAAUUGGCUGUUCAUGGAAGCCAAAAGUCUCCCACGGUCCCACCAUCUUAACUCCCUUGCAGGUUCUGUUUGCAGGACAGUGUUGAAGGCUUAGGCUUAUGGUCGUUAGUCGUAACAAUUCUUGUCAAUUUUCUUGGGGGCAUCUUACAUGGGUAUGGACUUGAUUCAAGGCUCUUUAAACUCUUCGAAAAUAUACUUUCAAAGGCAAU